GAUCACCAGCAGUUGAUCUUCGUGUUGGAUAGAGAAGAUAAAAAAAAAGAAUAAGAAAAGCGCAAGGACAAUCACCUCAGGAUUAUACCGAAAAAAGGGGAAGAAAACCCUCCGUGGCUGGUGACUCCCGCAACGGUUCCUCCCAACUCAAUUUCGACUGUCAGAGCACCAACUCUCCAGAACGAACCACUGGUCCGCCUGAAUUCUACCGCAACGCCACCACCCAUUAGACAUCAUGGCGUCGACGUCAGACUUGCACGGAUCCUCUCCCGUUCCAACCUUACCCCAACCCAACGAUAACGGUCGCUCCCACAUCUCAUCCAUCUCCUCAUCUUCUUCCAUCUCCGACGCCGAAACCGAACGAAGAGGUCGCUCAGAGCGUCCUCGCAUGGCCAGUCGGAAACCGAGCGCCUCCAUACUAGUCCCCCGGGAUCACCCCGAGAUUGAAAUCGAAGAGGAGGAAUUCCCUCCCGACGACGCCCGCGCCAUGAGUCCCCGACGUAACUCUGCCGAUCUGGAGCGACUGGGCAAGGAGGCGCGACAGACCUUGCAAGAACAAGCCAAAGCCCUCCAGUCUUCCCUCCAAGCCCUCGCCGAACGCAUCGAUGCCGUCAAGUCCGAUCACGAUAAACUAGAAAGUGAAAACAAGUUCUUGCAGGAUUACAUCGGUGGUCUGACCCGAAACAUGACCAAGAGCGACAUGACCAGACCCAGCACCAAAGUCAAGAAGUCGCAGAAGUAGACGCGCCCCCGCCCCCCAGUCCCGUUGCCGGAUGUCAGCACGGUCGGGAUCCUGAAGCACGUUGCCGCGUCGAACUCCUCUCGACCGCUCGGUCUUGAUUUCGUUUUC